AUGGGGGCGAAGCUGCAGGUCCAGCUGCUUCAGGCUCGGAACCUGGCAGCUAAGGACAGCAACGGUCUGAGCGAUCCGUACGUGCGGAUGCAGGUCGGCCGGAGCAAAGCGCGCAGCAGCACAGUGUAUAAGAACCUCAAUCCGACGUGGAAUGAGGAGUUUCUAUUUAGAACAGAUAACCUUGAAACGGAUGUUCUCCUCGUGACCGUGUGGGACGAGGAUUACUUAGGAAAAGCGGAUUUUCUGGGUCAAAUGUCGGUGCCGGUAGCUGCGGUGGCGGCUGCGGAAGGGAAGAGUCUCCCGCCGACGUGGUAUCCGCUCAAGAAGAAGAGCGAGCGGUCUCGCUCAUUCGUCUCAGGCGAAAUCCUUAUAGAGGUCUCACUAUGGGGCCUCGUGUCCCACGCGGCUCAAUCCCAAACCGCCAGCCCUGUCAGCUCAACCGCCCUCUCCCCCUACUCCUCCACCCCAUUCUCCAUCACCCCUCCCUCCACCUCGCACACCCCCACUCUCCCGCUCCUCACCUCCUCCUCCUCCACACCAUCCUCCCUCGCUUCCACCCCCGGCAACUACCACCCCAACCCAAUCGACCCGGCUUACAACCCGCCAGCCACUUUCCAGCUCCCACAUCCGGACCAGAUGGGCCUUGCGACGAUCUCCUCCGAGCCACAUUCCCCAACCUCCUCCGCUGACUCGACCGCGUCCGCGCCUGGCGGGCUGGGCUCGCUGUCACUCUGGCUGUCAGGGCCCCUCUCCUCCACCUGCUCCUCCGCUGCUUCAGGCUCCCUCACCUUCCACUCUGGGCCUCUGAUGCUGACUGGGGUGCCUUCUGCUGCUUCAGACUCUUCUCCUCCUGCCGGUGCACCGGCCCUCCCGCUGCCUCCUGCAACGAGUUCUUCCUCUGCUGAGGCCGACAGAACUGCACCGCUUCCUAUACUGAAUGGUGGGAGCUCCUCCUCCGCUCCUCCUACUCCCGCCUCAGGCGAGAGCGAUGCAGCAACCCUCGCCGACCUUGCAUCACCCACUGACACCCAGAUCGUACCUCAUUCUGCUGACUUGCACCUAAAAUCCGUUGCUGAAUCUCACGCCAUGCAACACUCCACCUCUGCCCCAGCGCGCCCCUCCAAGUCCCACUUCUUCCACUCCUUCACGAAAUCCAAAUCCAAAACCUCCACACGCGGCCACGUCAGCACCAUAUCCGAAUCCUCCGACGAAUCCCCCUCUCCCAUACCCCACAGCGCCCCCGCCCCAGCCCUCCUCCCUCACGCCGCUACAAUUAACACCGUUCCCCAACACGACCACUCCUCUAAAGACCCAGCAUACACAGAGGCAAACACCGAGGUCGCCUUUCCAGGAGCUAAGUCCGUGGGGCUGAGGCAGCGCUUGUCUGGCUUCACCUCCUCCUCCAAGGCUUCCCGCAGAGCCUCGGAGCAGCAGCAAGGGCCAGCGCACGCGCUGCCGAAGCAGCGCACUGUGUCGUCCUUUUUGCCGCGCCGCCGCCACUCCUCCACUGAGAAUGCCCCUGCGAGGGCCAGUAAGAGCUCCGAGGGUGCUGCUGCGUCUCCCCUGCCGAAAUCCGGGAGUGUAACGGGGGGUGGGGCAGGAAGUGGGGGUUCGGGAGCAAGUUCAGGGGACGAUGGGGGCGAGAAGGGGGAAGGGACGGGGGCGGUGGGGGGGUUGGGCGGAGGGGAGAGCCUGGUGCCGCUGUCGUGGUUUGAUGGGGAUGUUAAGGGGGUGGCUUCUAAGGGGGAUAUGCCAGCAGCACUGGGGGGAGGGGUGGUGGUGGAGCAGUGGUAUGGCGUGCCGGCCCAUGAGCUGAACGGGAUUCUCUUCAAGCCUGACUCCGACUUCUAUGCUGAGUUCACUGCCGGAGGAAAUGCCAGUGGGAAGGGUGCAAGAGGACAAGGACCCUGGAUUGAAGGUGAUGCGGCUGCUGUUCCCUCCCUAGCCGACUCCCUCCCCGCCACCAUCACAACGGCCAACUGGCCCGCCUCUCCUCCAAUCAGCUCGCGGGUGGUCCGAUACAUGACUGCGCCCUCCUCUUUGGUCAAGUCUGUACUCGCUACAGAGCUGAUGCGUUACAGCAGGGCAGACGCGGGGGGGUAUCUGGUGGAGGUGUAUGUGGCGACGCCUGACGUGCCGUAUGGCAACACGUUCCGCACUGAGAUGCAGUUCUGCAUCACACCGGGACCAGACGGCAGCAGCUGCCAGCUGCGUGUGUCAUGGGCGCCGUGCUUCCUGCAGAGCACCAUGAUGAAGGGCAUGAUCGAGAACGGCAUGCGCUCUGGGCUCAAAGACACCUACGUUGCUUACCAGACGAUCCUGUCCAAAUACGCUGCACCUGCCACCACCCCUCUCGGCUCCUCCUCCGCAUCUGCCCUCCUCCCCGAGCCUCCGCCGAAGCAGCCCCUGAUGGCUCGGCUGUUCAAUAUCCUGGGGCACUUUUCCAUGCUGCUCUUCUUCGUCUCCCUUACAGUGCUCCCCACGCACUUCAUACAGCGCGCCAAGGGCCUGCCAGGCGUGCAGUUUCUGCUGCUGGACCUGCCUGAUGGGGUGAUGGAGCUGCUGUGCACGGCUGUCAUUGUGCUCUCUGCUGAGAGGGCUCUGUUUCGUCUAAGGAAUAUCAUCACUUCACGGCUUCUAAGAAGGGGGGACCAUGGGAAGAAGGCGGAGGGAGAGGGGUGGCUGUUGACAGUGACGCUGGUGCAAGGGGAGGGCGUGGGGGAGGCAGGGGGACUCGGCGGCAAGAGCGAUCCCUAUGUGGUGUUCACAUGUAAUGGCAAGACACGCACAAGCUCUGUCAAGCUGCAGACCAACCGCCCGGUGUGGAACGAGGUGCUGUCCUUUGACGCGUUUGAGGACCCGCCCUCAACACUAGACGUGGAGAUCUUUGACUACGACGGCCCUUUUUCCGCGCCAACGGCCCUGGGGCAGGCAGAGGUGGACCUCGUGAGAUCGAGCGCCCAGGAGCUCUCCGACCUCUGGGUGCCGCUGCAGGGAGGGCCGAGGGCAGAGGCGCGCAAGGGAGGCAAGGCACCGGGGCAGGGGCAGGGGCAGGGGCAGGGGCCGGGGCAGGGGGUGGAGGCGAGGCUGCAGCUGAGGGUGCUGCUCACGAGUACGAGUGAGGCGUCUCCCCCGAUGAUUCUUGAGAGGAUCAGCAAGCAAGUCGGCAAGGAGCUCCUGCGUAUCUCCGACGAGAAGAACACGGCUUUCCAUAACUUAUUCGACCUGCCCGACAACGAGCCGCUUAUCAACGACUUCUCCUGCGCUCUCAAGAAGAACCUCCUCUCGCAGGGCCGCCUGUUCCUCUCCCCGCGCCUCAUGGCCUUCCACGCGUCUCUCUUCCGAGUGCGCAUAAAGGGUCGUCUCUUCCUCUCGCCCCGCCUCCUAGCCUUCCACGUGUCCCUCUUCCGAGUGGGCAUAAAGCUGGCGGGUCGCCUCUUCCUCUCCCCGCGCCUCCUAGCCUUCCAUGCGUCUCUCUUUCGAGUGCGCAUAAAGCUAGCAGUGCGUUGGGAGGAUAUAGACGAGCUGAAGGGGACCGCGCCCUCCAUCCACUCCAUCAACCCAUGGACUUGCCACGCUCAUACUGCCUCACCGUUACCCCCUCUCUCCCACACUCCCCUUCUCUCCUCUCCCCAACCUCCCUCCCCUCCCCUCCCUCCCUUCCCCUCCCUCCCCCCCUCACAGGGUCGCCUCUUCCUCUCCCCGCGCCUGCUAGCCUUCCAUGCAUCCCUCUUUCGAGUGCGCAUAAAGCUAGCAGUGCGAUGGGAGGACAUAGACGAGCUCAAGGAGAAUGCGCCCUCCAUCCACUCUAUCAACCGCCUCCUCAACCCCUCCAUCACCAUCUACGUCAAGCCGGGCCGCGGCGGCCCCGACACGCGCAGCGCCGCGUACGGGAUCGAUCCUUCAGGGCGGCUCAAGAUUCGCUUCCAGUCCUUUGCUCGCCCCACCAUUGCCUUCCGGUCAGUGUUUCAGCCCACAUUACCUUCUGUGCCCAUCCUGCACUCCAUCCACUCCAUCAACCGCCUCCUCAACCCCUCCAUCACCAUCUACGUCAAGCCUGGUCGCAGUGGUCCUGACACGCGCAGCGCCGCGUACGGGAUCGAUCCUUCAGGGUGGCUCAAGAUCAGAUUCCAGUCCUUUGCUCGCCCCACCAUUGCCUUCCGGGCGCUAUCCCCCGAGCAGGUUGUGAUGCCCCCUCUCUCUCUCUCUCCCCACCCCACCCUUUCUCCCUGCCCUUCCUCUGCCACUCCUCCCAGGCUGAUCACAGCGUUGUGGCGCCACAGGGCGCUGCCCCCCGAGCAGCAGCUAGAGAGAGCCAAGGAGGCCGCCAGCGCUGCCGCUGCUGCGGAGGCAGGCGGGGCAGAUGGAGCGGCAGCGACAGGAGCAGGGGGGGCGGGGGCAGCGGCAGGGGCAGGGGCGGCGGCAGGGGAAGGGAUGGUGCGAAGCGCUUCCCAAGGCGGGGUUGGGAGUGGAGGCGGUGGGGGUGUGGGUGGAGCAGCAGCAGCAGGGGGGAAAGGAGGGGCUGGAGGGGGUGUUGUUGCUGGCAGUGGUGGUGGGGCAGUGGGGAGUGACGGUGAGGGGGUGGAGGAGCAGGGAGGAGUGUGCACCGACGUGUAUGAGAUGAUUGACUGCAUCAGCACCGCGGUACCCAUGACGGUGCGUGAGAAGGCAGUGCCCUCAGACGUGUAUGAGAUGAUUGACUGCAUCAGCACCGCGGUGGACCAGUUCCUGGCGAUGACCGAGCAGCAGCAGCUGCAGCGCAAGGUGGCAGACGCCACCGGCCAGACCCACCUGGAGGUCUCCGAUUGGGUGGCAGUGGACGGUGCGCCGCCCGGUGCCGCCCGGCGGCAGCGCAACAUCAAGUUCAAGUUCUCCCGCCAGAUGUCGCCGUUUGGAACCACCGUGUCGGGCGUGCAGCAGGCCACUAAGGAUGCGACACCUGGCAUGUGCACGUGGGCGACGCUGGAGGAGUCCAUCACUCUGCACCAAGUGCCCUUUGGGGACUACUUCCAGGUGGAGACCAAGAGGGAGCUCAAGUCACAGCAGCUUCUGAAUGGGAAGGAGGAUGUGAGUGCGGAGGAUAAGGCACAUAGACUUAAUGAGCAGGUGUCUGAACUCAAGACAACUGUGGGCAUCACAUGGCAAAAGCAGGCAAAUGAACGCACCCGUGUCAAGAUAAAGGCGAAUGUUGGUGAGUGGUUCAAGGAGCACAAUAAGAGAGUGCUGGACAUGGUAGUCAGGGAGGCUAUCGCAGCCACUCAAGGAGAACCUGGCUCCCUCGCCGCACCUCGCCGCUCUCCCCAGGGAUAUGAGUGGAUGUGGUUCGCCCUUCGCUUUCCCCACCUACCGUCCAUCUUCCCACCACAUCCAAACCCGUUCCCCCACCUUCCACAUCCACCUCCCCCCAUAUCCACCCGCUUUUCCCACAUUCACACCCCCCACAUCCACCUUCCCCCACAUCCACCUUCCUGCAGGCGCACCUGGUUCCCCUCGGCGCAGCUGGCGGCGCUGCUGGUGGAGCGGGGCGGGUGCGAGUUCCCCAUCCAGCUGAACGCGCGAGGCGCGCUGGAGGGUCCGUGGGUGAAUCAUUCCUCGCACGACCACCACGCCCUCCUCGACCUGGUCUCUCGCUCCUCCUCGUCGUCCUCCUCGUGGGAUCGGCGGCACGCGUUUGCGUCGGACGCGGACGGGGGGCGGGUGGAGGAGGCGGAGUUUUACUCCCCUGCGCGGUACCAGGCGAUGGGGAAGGUGGUGGCGGCGGAGGAGGGGGAGGACGACGGCAAGGCGCCGUGGGGCCACGUGGUGGAGGGGCUGCUGACGGCCGGCACGCUCAGCACGGGGAAUCGGCUCACGCUGGCGUUUGCACGGCUGGCUGAGAGGUUCCUGGCGUCGUGGGUGCGGAUUGAUGGCAUCAGCAAGGGGUUGGGAAAGGCGGGCAUGGUGAAGCAGAUCAUGUUCCCAGCCAUGGCCGUCAACCCCAAGAUGCAGCCAUGCCUGGCGCAUGUGCGCAUAGUGCUAGGUCGUGUGUACUUCCGCUACGGCUCCUUCCUGGAAGAUCCACGCAAGCUCAAGCGUGUGAACCUGGCAGUGAAGAUGAUCCUGCAUGCCAUCACUGCAUACGACCUCCGAUCACUGCGAGCGGAGCUAUUCAUAAACGCGUGUGACAAGCCCGUGAGUUUCGACAACUCGCUCUCCUCGGGCUGCUCCGGCUUCCCCGUCUUCAGCACGCAGUGGACCCCCGGCUCCACCGACAUUCUCUUCCCCGACCCCCUCGACCUCGACUAUUCCCCACCACAGCACACUGAGCACGUGCCCUGGGGCAAGAAGGAAGGCAGGGCAGUGUGGCGGGGCAGUGGGUUUGAGUUUCAGCUGAAGCCCUACAACUGGGCCUCCAGCUUCCGCCUGCGCCUGCACCGAACCUCCGACUCUCGCCCGGACCUGCUGGACGCUCGGAUCUCCAGAUUUGGCCCGAUAGACCUGGCCGACCCUAAAGAGUUGCUCAAGAAGAACGGGUUUGUAUUGGCGGAGGAGAUGGAGGAGGGGGUGAAGGAGAGCACGUUCAAGUAUGUGGUUGUGGUGGAUGAGAUGGUGGGCUCUCGUGACACGUGUCGCGCUCUGAGUGGCCAGCAGGCCAUCAUUCGGCACCACUCGGGCUUCAUGCAGUAUUUUGAGCCGCUCAUGCUGCCCGGAGUACACUACAUCCCCGUUACACACAGCUUCACGGAUUUGGUGGCAGCAGUGGAGUGGAUGAGGCAGCACGACGAUGCAGUGCACACCGUGCUGCUCAACGCAAACGAGCUCGCCUCUCAUGUGUGCACAACAGCCGUCGCCGUUGUUCUUUUUCUCUGCCUCUCCUCUCCGCGUCCCACAAACCCUUCCUCCUCUCGCGUGCUGCAGAAGGUGGACGGCAAGCAGGUCCAGAUUCAGUUGACCGGUUUCAUGGAGCGCCACACGGCGCGCUUCAUGCGCGAGCUCUGGUGCCUGCUGCUCAGCGCGCAGGCCAACGUCAGCGGCAUCCCGCAGAAGUUUCUCGACGAGAAGGCGGAGGAGACGAGGAAGAAAAAGGAAGCGGAGCAGCGCAUUUUGUCGGAGAUUGGGCGCAAGAAGGGGAUGCAGCAGGGCUCGUUGCUGGGCCCUGGGACUGCCGCUGCUUCCAUCCCCGGCGUGGACGUGGAAGCUGCUCGACGGAAGGCCGCAGAGGCAGCAGCGCGCCUCACGGCUGCCCUCCUCGGACAUCCCGCUCCCGCCGCCGCUGCUGCUGCUCCCGCUCCUGCUCCUGCGCCUGCGGUACCAGCGCCGGCUGACCCAGCCGCUACUGCUGCCGGCAACGCUGCCGUCGCCGCCGCCACGGCCGCUGCGGCUGCGUUCACGGCGCAGGCUGCUAAGCUGGCGCAGGAGAAAGAAGGAGCCGCAGCAGCAGCUGCUGCUGCUACAGCUGCUGGUGGCGAUGGUGGUGCCACAGGAACAGGUCAAGGGCAGGAGGAUGAGAGGCCAGAUGGUGUAGGAGCCGCUGUUGCUGCUGCUGUUGCUGAUGAUGACGAUGAUGCAGGUGGUGGCGAAGGAAAAGCGGAGCAGGAUCAGGCCCCCUUGCCCCCCCCUCCUCGAAACCGCUCCCCCGCCCGCCGUCGCCAUCGCUCCCGCUCUUUCUCCCCCGAGCGCCGCUCCCGGUCCCCACCCCGCCGCCGCCGCUCCGCGUACCGCUCCCCCCGGCGCUCCCCCCCGCCGUCGUCCUACCGCAGCAGCCGCUACCGCUCCCCGCCUAGAAGCCGCGGGUACCAGCGCGACGGGCGGUCGCCGCCAGGGGACUAUCGGCGCAGAGGGGGGGGGUCCCGAUCACCCCCCCCUCGUCGUUCGUCCCGGCAGGAGGAGUCGUUUGUGCGGUACCCUCCGCCGCCUGGCCGAUCGAUACGGGGGCGAGAGGAAGGCGGACCCGACAGAGGACGCGGCGAGAGAGGGCGGGAGGUGAGAGAUUGGGAGGAUAGGGGGAGGGACGUGAGAGGGCGGGAGGAGAGGAUACGGGGUGAGCGACGGGUGGAUGAACGAGGGAGCGGGAAAGACAGGGGCACGUCGUUCAAGCGCGGGGUUCCCGGUAGGAGUAAGGGCGGCAGGGAGGAGUAUGGUAAUGAAUAUGGUGACGAGGAGGACGAGGAGGAGUAUGAAGAGGACGUGCGGGGUGUUGUGCGCAAGGAGGCUAGGAAAGGAGGAGCAGGGUGGCGAAAUGUGGAGGAGGACGAGGCGGAGGAAGACGGGGAGGAGGAAGACGGGGAGGAGGAUGGGGAAGGCAAGGGGGCCCGGAAGGGCAGGGCGGGUCGAUUGGUGGAGGAUGAGGGGGGAGACGACGAGGUGAUGGUGAGAGGAAGGGGCCGCGGUGACGCGGGGAGAAGUGCCAAGGGCAGUGCAGGUGCGGGUAGGCAUGGGGGGAGGGAUGGGGGAAGGGGUGGGGGAAGGGAUGGGGGGAGGGAUGGGGGAAGGGGUGGGGAAAGGGGUGGGGGGAGGGAUGUGGGCAUUGCAUCCCCCGAUGCUGACGAGAGUGAGGGCGACGAGCCGAAUGACCGUCUGGGUGCUUCCGAAAAGUCUGGUGGCAGGAAGGAGAGCGAAGGCCGAAGGGGGAGGGGUGGGGUUGAGGAGGAGGGGGAUGAGGAGGAGGAAAGGUGGGGUGCGGACGGGGAGAGGAGGCAGGGUGAAAGGGGGAGGUAUGUGGCGCGCGGAGGGGAGGGGAGCGGUUACGAGGGGCGUCCGCGUGAGAGGCGAGAUGAGGAAAGGGGCGCAGGAAGGGGGGAGGGGCGCGGAGGGCGGAGAGCAGGGUACGAGGAUGAAAGGGGAGGGGAGAUGCGAGAGAGGCCAAGGGGUUUUAGCAGCAAGGGUCCUAGCAGCAAGGGGCCUAGCCGUAGGGAGGGGCCAGGGGAGGAUUGGGAGGAGGGAGGUGCUGGUGGCGGUGUUGGUGGCGGUGCUGGUGGCGGUGCUGAUGCAGGUGAUGCGCGGGGUCGUGGUGAUAGGCAUGAGGAUGGAAGGGGUAGGAGAGAUAGGAGGGGCAAGGAGCAGAGCGAGGAGGAAGCUGGAGAGGAGGAGGAGGAGGGGGAUGAGGAGGCAGGGGGGAGUCAGAGGCAGUCUCGCAGCUUCCGCUCUUCCCAAGAACCAUCUGCCUCUCUACAAGAUGCUUCCCCUCCCUCCUCCGGUUCUCCCUCCCCCCGCCGUCCGACAAGGGAGGCUGGGACACGAGGGGACGGGCAGGGAGGUCAGAUGGGUGGUGAGGGGCUAAACGGGCGAGAGAGGGGUGAUGUGAUGAUGGGGAGGAGGGGUGAUGGGAUGAUGGGGAAGUGGGGUGAUGGGAUGAUGGGGAAGUGGGGUGAUGGGAUGAUGGGGAAGUGGGGUGAUGGGAUGAUGGGGAAGAGGUGUGAUGGGAUCAUGGGAAAGAGGGCGCAGCACGCGGCGAUGCUGCUAAUGUUCUUCCUGCUCGGCUGCGCCCUUCUCAUCAGCGAAACCACCAGCCUGCUCCCCCUCCCUCUGGGCGCGUUCCACAUCCUAGCAGCGCUCGCAUUCUUCUGUGAGGGGAUGCUCUUCACUCUCCACUCCACGGCGCACCACGGCCUCGAGCCGCGCUACCACAUGCUGCUCGCCAUCGCCAUUACCGCCUGUGUCGUGUGUGCGCUGCUGGCCGCUGCCAUGCCGCACUCCUUCCUGCUCGAUGCCGUUGGCAGCGGCGCGAUCGUCCUGCAGGGGCUCCUGUUCUGGCAGACCGCCAUGUCCCUCUAUGGUCCCAUGGUACCAGCAGGCUGCUAUCUGGGCCCUGACACCGUGCAUUGCGACUCCGAUGCAAACGAGCACCGAGCCAUGGCCCUUGCCGUGCUGCAGUUCAUCGCCCUCCUCGCCUGCACCCUCGUGCUCUCACUCGCGUAUUACGGCGCGGUUGCGAGCGCUGCUCCUCGGUCGUCCCUUGAUAUUAUCCAUGCAACGCAUGCUGUGGAGUGUGGGGAAGGGGAAGCAAAAGAUGGUAGUGGGAGGGGGGAUGGUGGCAAGGGAGAGGUUAUGUUGGGGGCACUUAGUGCGCAUGAGGACAGUGUGGACACAGGUGUAGGUGUAGACGAGGAGAAAGGCCUUCUAUCUUAA